AAUACUUUUGUCGUCUUUAUUCUUUAAGCCAUAAUGGUGAGUGGAAAUUCCAACGAAAUAUUCAUUUUUUGGACGCUUCUCUUGCUUGCCACUAGUGCCUCCUUGGUGCAUGGCCAUAAAGGCACAAGAGUUGGAUUUUAUUCCACUACGUGUCCUCAAGCUGAAUCCAUUGUUAGCUCAACAGUUCAAAGCCAUUUCAAUUCUGAUCACACUGUGGCUGCUGGAUUGUUGAGGAUGCAUUUUCAUGACUGUUUCAUGCGGGGUUGUGAUGCUUCUGUCCUUAUUGACGGUCCUAACACUCAGAAAAAAGCUGAAGCUAACCUUGGACUGAGAGGAUAUGAAGUUAUUGAUGAUGCCAAGACUCAGCUUGAAGCUGCAUGUCCUGGCGUUGUUUCUUGUGCUGAUAUUCUUGCCCUUGCUGCCCGUGAUUCUGUUGUUUUGGUUAAUGGAUCAAGUUGGGCUGUUCCCACAGGACGCAGAGACGGAAGGGUUUCAUUGGUAUCUGAUGCUGACAAUUUGCCAGCAUUCAAUGACUCCAUCGAUGUGCAAAAGCAAAAGUUUUCUGCUUUGGGUCUCAAUACUCAAGAUCUUGUGGCCCUCGUUGGAGGACACACCAUAGGAACUUCAGCUUGCCAGUUCUUCCAAUACAGAAUGUACAAUUUCACUAAAGUAAGAAAUGGUGCUGUCGACCCAUCCAUCAACCUUGCAUUUCUUCCUCAACUCCGAGAACUCUGCCCACAAUAUGGAGAUGUUUCAAAGCGAGUUGCACUGGACACUCAUAGCCCUAAUAGGUUUGAUACCUCUUAUUUUAGAAAUCUAAGAAUUGGGCAAGGGAUUCUUGAGUCUGAUCAAAUGUUGUGGAAUGAUGCUUCAACAAAAGCCAUUGUCCAACACUUGUUGCUUGGUUUGAAUUUCAAAGUGGAAUUUGGGAAUUCCAUGAUUAAAAUGAGUAACAUUGGUGUGAAGAUAGGCAAUGCUGGUGAAAUUCGCCAAGUGUGUUCCAAAAUUAAUUGAUGAUAUAAUCCUAUAAGAUCAACUCACUUGGUGGUAUUGUAUGUGUGUGAUGGACUCAAUCAAACGAGUGAGUGACAAUUCAAUAUGAAAGUAGGCGUGAAAUUUUGCCUACAAAAGUAUUGUAACUUAUAAAGUACCCUUACUUCCAAAAUUAAAAGGAGAGGGAUUGAAAAA